GGCAAGCGUUCUAGCAGACAGUCUGUGUGGUCAUCGUCCUUCGAAGCAACGGCAGCAACAUGGCGAAUCCAAAGCAGGAGAUCAAGUACACCAAACUCUUCAUCAACAACGAGUUUGUGGACGCAAAAGCUGGCGGUACGUUCGUGACGCUCAACCCAGCCACGGAACAACCGAUCGUAUCCGUCGCUGAAGGUGGCCAAGCUGACGUGGAUGAGGCCGUACGUGUGGCCAAAGCAGCGUUCGCCCGUGGCGCACCCUGGCGCCAAAUGGAUGCCUCAGGCCGUGGCCGUCUGCUGAACCGGCUGGCGGAUCUAAUGCAGCGUGACAUCGACACACUCGCGAACCUGGAGGCGCUUGACAACGGCAAAACCUUCGCGGACGCAACGUUCGACGUGAACUGUGCGAUCGACACGUUCCGGUAUUAUGCCGGUUGGGCGGACAAAAUCCACGGCAGCACGGUACCCUCGGACGGUCCGGUGCUGACGUACAUCCGCAAGGAACCGGUCGGUGUCGUUGGACAGAUCAUCCCGUGGAACUAUCCGGUGCUGAUGUUGGCCUGGAAGUGGGCUCCAGCGUUGGCCGCUGGCUGUACGCUUGUGUUGAAACCUGCCGAGCAGACGCCGCUUAGUGCGUUGCAUAUGGCCGCGUUGUCGAUGGAGGCCGGAUUUCCGGCCGGUGUGAUCAACGUCGUGAACGGGUUCGGUCCAACGGUUGGGGCCGCAAUUGUUGCCCACCCGGACGUCCGGAAGGUGGCGUUUACGGGUUCGGUUGAGACGGGACGAUUGAUUUUGGCUGGUGCGUCCACGUCGAACCUGAAGAAGGUGUCGCUGGAGCUCGGUGGCAAGAGCCCGCUGGUUAUCUUCGCUGAUGCUGACCUCGACGAAGCGGUUGAGAUCGCACAUAACGCGAUCUUCGCUAAUCACGGUCAGAACUGCUGCGCCGGAAGUCGUACAUUCGUGCAGGAAGGCAUCUAUGACGCCUUCGUUGCAAAGGCCGCUGAGAUGGCACGUCAACGUCGUGUUGGAGAUGCAUUCGCAGAUGGUAUCCAGCAGGGUCCGCAGGUCGAUGAGGAACAGUUCCGGAAGGUGUUGGGCUACGUGGAAUCGGGUGUUAAAGAGGGCGCCAAAUUGCAGGCUGGUGGCAAGCGUUUUGGAACCGUAGGAUACUUCGUUGAACCAACCGUCUUUUCGGAUGUCACCGACGGAAUGGCGAUCGCGCGUGAAGAGAUCUUUGGCCCAGUCCAGAGCAUCCUGAAGUUCCGCACACUCGACGAGGUGAUCGAGCGGGCCAACAACUCCGAGUACGGACUGGCGGCGGGUGUCGUCACCAAGGACAUCAACACCGCCAUCACCUUCACGAACGCGGUCGAGGCCGGCUCGGUUUGGGUCAACUGCUACGACUACGUGGUGCCAACGACGCCUUUCGGUGGUUACAAGCAGUCCGGAAGUGGCCGCGAGCUCGGCUACAGCGGUAUCGAGCUGUAUCUGGAAACGAAAUCCGUCACGAUCAAGCUGCCAGCGAAGGUGUAG